AUGAGUACAGGUGGUGACAACACAUGUGAUCCAGUCAUUCUUGCAACUGCAGGUUAUGACCACACAAUUCGUUUUUGGCAAGCACACAGCGGCAUUUGCUACAGAACUGUCCAGCAUCCAGAUUCGGUAUCCUUAGUUCAGGGAAAAUGCCAUAUAUGGACAUUGACUGGGGGUAGAAGAGAAGAGCCAACACAACUACAUCCAAAAUCAGAUAUAACAGUUAGCAACAGAUACGCCCUCAAAUGUCUGUUUAGUCCAGAUUCUACGUUAUUAGCAACAACCCUAGCAGACAAUUCAGCAAAAAUCUGGAAAACAGCCGAUCUGACGUUACAUACAGAACUGAAAGAAAAUUCUCAGAGAUGGGUGUGGGAUUGUGCAUUCAGUGGAGACUCACAAUAUAUCAUCACAGCAUCGUCAGAUAAUAUGGCACGGUUGUGGAGUGUGGAUACCGGGGAAGUUAAGAAGGAGUACAGUGGUCAUCAGAAAGCUGUGGUCUGUCUAGCAUUCAGGGACGAGUCUAUACAGUGACCAUAAGUAAACUGUUACAGUAGUGUUUCAUAGGGUUUUGUUGCAAUAUUGUGUAGGACAUAAGAACACAUGUUCAUAAAAUGAGAAAAACAUGGAGUUAAAACAGUGAUUAGAUACUGUGAUAUAAAGAACUGUUAAUGCUUGGAUUUUAGUUGUGGUCAGUAUAGUGGUAGUGUAAUUUUACACGCUCACAAAAAAAUGCCUGUUUUAUUGGCUUCUGUUCCCAGAUGGAAUUUUAACAAAGUACAUUUAUGUACAUAAUUUAUUAAAAGUUAUACGAGGCAUGAUGGUGCGGCAAGUAGGGUACACAUACCAGAGUUUUUACAAUGUGUGUAUUUUAAACAUAUGUGCAGCUUGCUUUUUGAAUAGAACUGAUCGGAUUAUUUUCACUGAAGAGAUAAUACUAGUCAAGUUGGUAUAAUCUACAUGCAUGGGUUUGAUUUCUUGAUAUGGAAUCAGAGUUGUUUUAAAGAUAUGAUAAAGUCUUGUUCAAUGCCGCGUAUUAAUUUUCAUGCAAUAUUGCUAAAACAAGUAUGAUCUGAUGCAUGUAAGGAAUUGCAUUCUUCAGAUGUCUAAGCAGGAGCUUAGGUUCCAAGGUUAUGGUAUUAGUAUCAAGAGCAAUCCAAUAAUGCUGUUGGAUAUUAUCCAGACCGAGCUUGGAACAGAUUGAUCAGGCGCAGAAGUUAUGACAAGAUUCAAUAGAAAGUUGUGGUAUCUUGGACCUAUUUCAAAGGUUAUGUAACUGAGUAUGGAGACCAGUCUUCGAAUGAAGUCUUGCUACUAUUGUACAACUUCAAGUUUGUGUUUAAUAUUAAAGAGAAUUUCUACAGUUUUUUUCCUUUCAUAGAAUUUUUUUCAAAUUUACAUUAUAUGAUAGGAAAAUUUAUGCUGAAAACAAUGAACAAAUAAAAACAAUAGGUCACCAG